CUCUGUAUAUGCGUAUGUACAUUUAAUAAUAUGUCUGUAUAUAAGUAUAUAUUAUACAGAUGGGUGUGAAAAAUCCGAUUAUUAAAUAGCCGAUUUUACUACAAAGAAACAGGAACUUUCGGAAUCAACCCAGAUCACCACAGUCAAAACCCAUAUUAAAAUUUCCAUCUUUAGUCUGCAACCUAACGCUCAAUUAAUUCCCUCACUUCAUAUAUACAUUUCUUUUUCUAUAUACACAUACAUUGUAUCUCUCAUCUUUAUGGAUCCACCCAUUAUCAAUGAGAGCUCCUUUUCAGUGGCCAAUCCUUCGUCUUACAGUUUAACUGGGAUCUGGCCCUUUUCUUCUGUUAAUGGCGGUCGAAAUGAGAGCUUAGGGCUCAAAAUGAGCACCCUGAUUAGUCGACUUGGGGAACCGAAUUAUAACCGCGACGACGAAUCCACAGUGACGGAGCAUAGCGGUGGUGGUGGUGGUGGCAGGAAGCGGAUGGAUGUUUAUUUUGAAGAUGAAUCUUCAAAGAUCACGUCUACUAGUAGUGGCAAUGAUUUGAGCAAAUUUCAUGGUAAACGAAUGAAGAUAUCGGGAUCCAAAGAUGAUUUGUGUGGUUCGAAGAUAGAACAAAAAGGUAAUUCAGGGUCAACUGCCAGUCAAAGCCAUAACCUUACCGAACCACCUAAAGAUUACAUUCAUGUUAGAGCAAGAAGAGGUCAAGCCACCGAUAGCCACAGUCUUGCAGAAAGAGCUAGGAGAGAAAAGAUAAGUGAAAGAAUGAAAAUCCUUCAAGAUUUGGUCCCCGGAUGUAACAAGGUUAUAGGAAAAGCUCUUGUUCUUGAUGAAAUAAUCAAUUACAUCCAAUCAUUGCAACAUCAAGUUGAGUUUUUAUCUAUGAAGCUUGAAGCUGUAAAUACAAGGAUGAAUUCCUCGGUAGAAGGGUUUCCCACGAAAGAUCUUGUGACACCACCUAUCGAUGCAGCAAGGCUACUAUUUGGCUCACAAGCAGCAAGAGGGUUCGGACCAAGGUCCGAACCCGAGUGGCUCCAUAUGCAGUUAGGCAAUAGGUUUGGGCGGGCCACAUGAACCCUAGACCACCCAAGGUGUUUGCCAGUUGCCACUUGGAAAUCGGGAAACCCUAGGGUUGCGCUGUUAGACAUGUGUGAUUGUAUGAGGUUAUUUUCACGACAUCUUACGUGAGACAAUCAUUGAUAAGGUGCUUGGGGUUGUAGAUGCUUAUGUCCAAUGUGAUCUCGACUGCUUGGUUGCGUAAGUCUUGUGGUUUGGCUUAGGUCUUGUAUUUUGAACAUCGUAACUUCUUCAUACGAUAUCAGAUUUUAAGGAUCUUUAUCCACGUGUUCAUUUUUUGAGUCUACUACAACUUUCAUUAAGAUUACUCCC